AUGGGCAAGCAAAACAGCAAGCUGCGGCCGGAGAUGCUGCAGGACCUGCGGGAGAACACAGAGUUCUCCGAGUUGGAGCUGCAGGAGUGGUACAAGGGCUUCCUCAAGGACUGCCCCACGGGCAUCCUCAACGUGGACGAGUUCAAGAAGAUCUAUGCCAACUUCUUCCCCUACGGUGACGCCUCCAAGUUCGCCGAACAUGUCUUCCGCACCUUUGACACCAACAGCGACGGCACCAUCGACUUCCGGGAGUUCAUCAUUGCGCUGAGCGUGACCUCGCGGGGCCGCCUGGAGCAGAAGCUCAUGUGGGCCUUCAGCAUGUACGACUUGGAUGGCAACGGCUACAUCAGCCGCGAGGAGAUGCUGGAGAUCGUGCAGGCCAUUUACAAGAUGGUUUCGUCCGUGAUGAAGAUGCCGGAGGACGAGUCAACCCCAGAAAAGAGGACCGAGAAAAUCUUCCGCCAAAUGGACACAAACAACGACGGCAAGCUGUCCCUGGAGGAGUUCAUCCGCGGGGCCAAAAGCGACCCAUCCAUCGUGCGUCUGCUGCAGUGCGACCCCAGCAGCGCCUCCCAGUUCUGA